AUGGGCUUGAAUAAAUUCAAAUCUCUUUUACGCUUUAUAAGAUUUGAUAAUAAAGAAACCAGAUCUCAAUGCCGUGACAAGCUCGCCGCAAUCCGCGACAUAUGGAAUGAAAUAAAUAAAAAUUUGAAAAAUUAUUAUUUGCCGGGUGUCAAUCAAACCGUCGAUGAACAAUUAGUUCCUUACAGAGCCCGUUCAAAAUAUAUGCCGUCGAAACCGGAUAAAUAUGGCAUGAGGAUCUGGUGGAUAUGUGAUUCGGAUACUUCUUAUCCACUAAACGGUAUUCCUUAUUACGGAAAAGAAGGCAACACUAUUACACAUGGACUGGGAAAAAAGUGGUUGAGUCACUGA